AUGUUGGACUCUAGAUAUUCCGACAACGAGGUCUCUCGAAGAGAUAUCCCUUCGUUUAUAGAACCUCGGCCUCCAUUAAUAUCGAAUCCAUUUAUGAGACCGAGGCCACAAAAGGGUACAAAUCUAUUGGAAUUAUUCGAAGAGGAUUCAGAGUGUGAAGAACCAGAGUUAGUGCAAGUUUAUUUAAGAUUAAAACCAUGCAAUAAUCCGAGUAAUUUAUACGAGGUUCGUUCUGAUCGUCAUCUAAUAACGUCUUUGGACACAACCACGGCUGGUCACGGGAGAAAAACCCAGCAUAAUGUUUCAAAAAUGUUCACAUUCUCACAUAUCUUCGGACCGGAUACCAGUCAGAAAGAAAUAUUUGAAAACGUCGUUAAAGAAAAUCUUAGGAAGCUGCCUGAAGGUAAUAGCUUCACUCUCCUUACCUAUGGAGCGUCCGGUUCAGGGAAGACAUUUACUCUUAUGGGCACAGUUUCAUCGCCUGGGUUAAUCCCGAGGUCUUUGGAAUAUGUAUUCAAAGUGGUUGAAGUUGAACAAACUCCUGUAUACAAACCAUCGGAGACAGGAGCUGAUAAAUUGAAUUACGCUCAACAGGAAUAUGAAUUACAGUGGGUGAAAAGAUUACAUGUGUCGGCACCUCUUAAAGACAAAUAUCGCAGGAUGAGUGUACAGUUGAAGAAUGAUCUGACCAGUCAUCACGACUUGAGUAACAGAAACAGACAUUAUGUAUGGAUAUUAGCAAACGGUGGGAAAAGGGAGAUAUUAGUAAACGGUGGGAAAAGGAUAUUAGCAAACGGUGGGAAAAGGAUAUUAGCAAACGGUGGGAAAAGGAUAUUAGCAAACGGUGGGAAAAGGAUAUUAGCAAACGGUGGGAAAAGGGAGAUAUUAGCAAACGGUGGGAAAAGGGAGAUACAUAUUAGCAAACGGUGGGAAAAGGAUAUUAGCAAACGGUGGGAAAAGGAUAUUAGCAAACGGUGGGAAAAGGAUAUUAUCAAACGGUGGGAAAAGGGAGAUAUUAGCAAACGGUGGGAAAAGGGAGAUAUUAGCAAACGGUGGGAAAAGGGAGAUAUUAGCAAACGGUGGGAAAAGGGAGAUAUUAGCAAACGGUGGGAAAAGGGAGAUAUUAGCAAACGGUGGGAAAAGGAUAUUAGCAAACGGUGGGAAAAGGAUAUUAGCAAACGGUGGGAAAAGGAUAUUAGCAAACGGAUAUUAGCAAACGGUGGGAAAAGGAUAUUAGCAAACGGUGGGAAAAGGAUAUUAUCAAACGGUGGGAAAAGGGAGAUAUUAGCAAACGGUGGGAAAAGGGAGAUAUUAGCAAACGGUGGGAAAAGGGAGAUAUUAGCAAACGGUGGGAAAAGGGAGAUAUUAGCAAACGGUGGGAAAAGGGAGAUAUUAGCAAACGGUGGGAAAAAGGAGAUAUUAGCAAACGGUGGGAAAAUUAAGAUUUUAGCAAACGGUGGGAAAAGGGAGAUGGUAGCAAAUGGUGGGAAAACUGAGAGGGUAGCAAUGGGUAAAAAAAGGGAAAAGGUAUCUUUCAUAGAAAUCUACAACGAAGGCAUAUAUGACUUAUUAGCUCCGGGAGAUAGACGGAAUGCUCAGAAGUUAGCUAUAAGAGAUGAUUCAAGUGGAAAUGUAUAUGUUAAGGGAGCAACCCAGGCCUUUGUUCGUUCAGGCGAGGAGGCAUACAAUGUGAUGGUUGCUGGCAAACACAACUUACAAGUAGCAGCCACAGGCGUGCACGCCCAGUCAUCACGAUCACACUGUAUAUUCACUAUAACCAUGCUCACAGAAGGAGAUGGCGUGGUGGGCGCGUCCCACGUCCGUCUAUGUGACCUGGCGGGCUGCGAGCGCGCGGCUCGGACCCGCAACACGGGCGCACGUAUGUGUGAGUCGCGAGCUAUCAAUUCGUCGCUACACGUGUUGGAAAGGUGUCUCCGGGCGCUCCGGAGGAAGGGGGCGAAGGCGCCCGCUAGGACCGUUAUACCGUAUAGGGAAUCCAAGUUGACUCGUCUUCUAGGGUCAGGGUUGUCGGGAGCGCGCGGCGAGGCUGUCAGUAUGGUGGUGACCCUGAACCCGUCUCCCGAAUACGCUAACGAGACGAGACACGUGCUGCAACUAGCGGCCGUCGCUAAAGAUAUACAGAUAAAUAAUACAAUAUCUGACUAUCCGAGCUCUUUGGAAGACACGACCUCUCAAGACAUGAGUAUUACAUACAAUGCUGAAAUAAUGAGGCUGAGGGAGGAAAAUGGGAGGCUGCACUUUGAACUAGCGCAAGCUCAGUCACGUAAUGCGGAGCUUUUAUCAAACAUGGAGCAACGACAGGCCGCCGGGGCAGAGACUAUGAGGGAACUGGUUUCUGAGGCGAGAGAGAUUACUGCUAGCUACUAUGAAGAACAACUUAAAGUACUACGGAACGAGAUGGCUGAAAUGGUAGAAGAAUAUGAAUCGAGACUGAAUGCUGUACAACCCAGUAAACAAGAUACACCAUCGAAAAAUAUUGACGCUAAGGUCAACCAACUCAUGACUGAAAUCGCUAUACUAGAGGAAAAAUUACAAGCUGAGAAGUUAGCACGAGCUCGGGCCGAAGAAGAAGUCCAGCAUUUGAGAGCCUGUAUAGAAGAAAGAGAUGAAAAACCUGAUGAAGAUCCUAUCUCUGAGAAUAUAUCUCUCACUGAUAGUGAUAGUGACAGUGAUGACGAUCCUUGUAAUGAAAGUCUUGAACCGACUUUCAAGAAGGAGGAUAUUAAUAGAUCGAGAUUACACAGACAGAGUGCUGUCCAAGAUAUAGAUAGUGGAAAUGAUAAUAGUGUGCUCGAUGGAACUAUUGAUACACUUAAAGACGAAAGUCGCGGGAACGAUACUAGCAAAUACGUCAGUGACUUAGAUUGUAGUGCCACAGAUAGUAUAGACACUGAUAAAAUAUGUACCGUCAAGAAACUUGAUGUACGCGGAACAUACUAUGUUGGAGAUCAUAAUGAAGUUGUAUGUGAUAAUGAUCGCGCUAAGUUAAGCAGAGAAACGUAUUGUGUUCCGGAUUGUAAUGUAUCGGUUAAAGAUCUAUUGAAUACAACGGAACAGGAACCGGAAGUCGAUAAUGAUGAUAAUCAUGUUGGUAGUACUGAAAAGGAUUUAAGUUUAAAAGACAUUGAACUGACUCAAGACAAAAAGCCGGAUACAUUUGUCAAUAAAAUUAUAAGCUCCAUCAAAGAAGCGUCGACCUCAGAUAGCAAUAACUCUCUCGCACAAUUUGAACGGCUAGAGUUAGAAACUAAGGUAACUAACAAAGAUUUUAAUGCCACCGAAGUUUUAACUGAUAUAAAUAUAUUGAAAGAGAACAGACAUUACUUCGAUAUACCAAAUGAAUCGCCCGUCGCAAAAGAAAGGAAGAUAUUCUUCGAUAAUCUGAACGCGGAGCCGAAAACUGUUUUAGACGAUAUUAAAAAACAGAUAGAUGAUAGAUCUCCGUCUAUAGUGAGAGAAGAAUGUACUUUAGAAUUCACACCGAGCAUGAUAAAGAAAUUACUAGGAGACAGCAAGAGACAAGCUAGGAAUAUACCAAUGAAUUUAGUUAGGGUGUGCCCUAAAAACCACAUUUCUAUCGAUUUGUUUGAAGAUUCACCCCGAAUUACUCCCAGAAUCGAAGAUAAUAUCGAAACUGUAAGGAAAUCUAUUGCUGAUAUGGUUGUAGUCGAUAAAACAGACACUGUUGUAGAAGAAACAGUGGGCAAUGAAAAUAAACGAACUUCGAAUGUCGUGAUAGAUAUAAAGGAAGAGGAAAACAUUAUAGAAAGUAUUGAUAUUAAUAUUGAAAAUAAUGACUUGAAAAAUAAUAAAAAUGAUCAAGAAAAUGACACAAUAAAACAUGAACUAAAUGAAGAAAUAAAACUACCACAAGACGAAUUAGAGCAUAUUAAGGAUGAAGUUAAAGAUUCACAUGAAGAUGAUUUAAAUACGAACAAUUUGGAAACUAAAAAAACAUGUAGCGAUAAAGUUAUUGCAUCGGAAGAAAUAAAAACAAAACCAGAAGAUAAUACAGACGUAUCAAUUAUAACUGACAUAAAGAAAGAGAGAAUUGAUCAAAAUAUAGAUAUUAAAAUAACUGACGAAUCUCGCGCAAAUAUAAAUAAUAAUACUUUGGAAGAAUUCGAUAAUAUAUAUAAAGAUAUAACAGUACCGCGAGCCACGGAGUUUGAAUUGUUAGUGUCGCAAGAGAUUAGAGAGUCGAGUAUCGAAGAUUGUGACAAAAGCAACAACAACGAAGAAACUGACGAAGUUAAAUACAAACUGCGUCAUAGAAAGACUGAAAAGACCAAAAUCGAUGCGAGAAAAGACGUAGAGAAGCCCAGAAGAAAUCUAAGGUCACGCAGAAGAAAGAAUCAAUCGGAAGAAGAAGAUUCGGAAAAAGAAAUUAAACUCAAAGACAUAGCGAAUCUACAGAAUGAGUUCUCAGACGUCACUAUGGACAUGCCCGCGCCAUUUAAGAAAAACAAAGAUAUUCCCUCUCCAGAGAAAAUUGAUGAAAAUAUUCCACCGAUGAUGGGUAUACAGAGCUGUCCUGCGAAAAGCGUGACUCGAAGCCGUCGCAAGUUAUUCACUCCACGAGCUGAACCAUUGGACGAAAGUGGACAAGGCGACAGUAACGAACGAGUAUGUGUACCGCGACCUUCUUACCACAGACCACGGGCGAGGCGCAAACUAUGA